UUGAGGGGAGUUGUUCGUAACGUGUGAUUUUGUUUACGUUUUGAAAUGUCAGUGUACUGCUGUUCGAUCUACAGUAUCGAGGUUAAGGAAGUCUGCAAUACCUGAACGUAGUUAUUUAUUAUUGUUGUCUCUCGUAUACAAGUCGAGGGUAAACAUAAAACUCGCCAAAAUGAUGUUACAGUACAUGAAAGAACUAGAACAGGAACCAUUUGAUCCAGAAGAAUUUGUGGAACGUAUGGCAUGGAGGACUGUUGGAGGGAGUACUGAAGAAACCUCAGGAAACUUUGAUCCAAUAUUGCUUCAUGAAACUUUUCUUCAGGCCAUAAAAGAUUUGCAGGUACUGCAGGAACGGCAGAGGAAAAGAUGUGAACGGCUCGAAAUGAUAUGCAGAGAAGAGGAGGCUAGCCAUUGGCAGGAAGUGUCACGACUUCAAAUGCAGAACAAGGCAUCAAUUUCAUUAUUUCAAGAACUUGAUGAACGCAUCAAUUUUGUAGCAGCAAAAGUCUUACAUCUGGGUGAUCAACUGGAGAGUGUAAAUACCCCAAGAGCACGAGCUGUUGAGGCACAGAAACUCAUGAAUUAUUUUGCCGAAUUUCUGAGUCCUGGUCCUCUGCUGUCAGAUUUCUUUUCUGAUAAGGAUAAUAUUGAUGAAGCAGCAGACAUCAUACAAAAACUUCAUCUGAUUGCUCAGGAGCUACCAUCUGGAAAAUUUGAGAAGGCAAAGAAGAAGAUUGCCAGCAAAUAUGAUGAAAUAGAGCGCAGUUUAAUAGAAGAAUUUGUCCGGGCACAUCGCUCUGAUAACAGAGUUCGCAUGAAAGAAAUUGCGUCAACUCUUUCCCACUUUAAGGGAUACUCACAGUGUGUAGAUGCCUUCAUAGAACAGAGCCAGAUGGGUGCAUUUCUUGGCAAAGAUGUUUUUAGAGAUGUCAUCCCUUUAUGUGAAAAAAACUUUACAAUCAUGAAAGAAGUUUUCAGCAAUCCUGAACAAGUUAUGGCCAAAUUUGUUCUCAACAUUUAUCGUCCAAAGUUGAAGGACUACAUAGAGACCAGCUUGUCAGAUAGGAGUGAUCCAGAAAAGUACCUCAGAAAUUUAUAUGAUCUGUAUGCAAGGACUGUGAAGCUUUCAAACAGCUUGUCUCGUUUCGACAUGGGCAGUGACAGUACUUACCUGAGUAAAUUAACUCGGAAUAUAUUUCAAGAAUAUUUGGAAUCUUAUAUAAGUGUUGAGGUAAAGUUUCUAAAGGAGAAGUGUGCCCUGAUACUGCAAAAAUAUUAUGAAAGCAAGAAUCACCAGAAGAAACAGAUCCAGACUGGCGGUUUCCAGGAUCUACGACGUGAUUUGCAAGCUGUUAUUGGCACCCGUGCCAAUUUAAAUAUUGCACAAGUAGAGAAUUAUGGUGGGGAAACAUUUCUUUCUGAGGAAGUUGCUAUAGCUUUAUUACAAGAGAGUAAAAGAGCUUUUCAGCGCUGUGAAAUGCUCUCAAGACAGUCUGAUCUGCCUGGCAACACAGUCCAUGUAUUGGAAAUUCUGCUUCAUUACCUGAUGGAAGAAUACCUGGACUAUGCUCUGGAACUUGGACUUCAAGGAAUACCUGUGGCUGAGACUAAAACACAACCACAGAUAUAUUUCUUUGAUGUGGUAAGGCAGUGUAAUGCCAUCGUUCACUUACUGGAGAAGCAGUUUGUUGACAGUGUGGUACCGCUUGUUGUGUCUACCCCUAAACAUGGUGAAUGUUUGCAGAAAAAGAAGUAUAUUUUGGAACAGACAGAACUGAAACUGGAUACGGGUUUAGACAGAUCAAUUAAUGCAAUUGUUGGUGGAGUAAAAUUGUACCUCCAGAAUGAACAGAAGAAAACAGAUUUCAAACCAGAAACAGAUGACUUAGAUACACUGGCGUCUCCUGCCUGUUUAGCCGUUGUGCAAUACAUGGGUGCAAUGGUAGAGCGCAUUCGUGACAGCCUAGAUGGAAAAAAUGUUGAAUCAUUGAUGUUUGAACUGGGUACGCGUUUCCAUCGGGUUAUAUAUGAACAUUUACAACAGUUUCAGUUCAACACUGCAGGUGCUAUGUGUGCAAUUUGCGAUGUAAAUGAGUAUCGUAAAUGUGUGAAAGAAUUUAAAAUACCUUUGGUAAAUACACUCUUUGACACAUUACAUGCACUUUGUAAUCUGUUGCUCGUCAAACCUGAGAAUCUGAAGCAAGUGUGUAAUGGUGAUCAGUUGGCUGGACUGGACCGUUCAGUACUUCUAAAUUUUAUACAACUGCGCAGUGAUUAUAAGACACAAAAGUUGGCAAACAACCUGAGGGGCCUGGCAGCAUAGUGGAAUGGAAUGUAUUUUGUGCUUUACUAAAUUAUUGUGUACCCAUAGGCUGUAAAAUAUUAGUACAAAAUUUGUAUUCUAAUGGGGAGAGAGAGAGAGAGAGAGAGAGAGAGAGAGAGAGAGAGAGAGAGAGAGAGUGUGUGUGUGUGUGUGUGUGUGUGUGUGUAUUUUAUUACCAGAACUAUGAACCCAAAGAAUUAAUAUGCUUUCAUUUAUAUUGUAUCAUUUACAAUAAUAAAACAUGUCAUAAUGGGA